AUGUCGACCAUGUCGUUGAACGAGAGGCUCGACAAGAUCCGGUCGCAGCCCAAGCUGUCGGGCAUGCAGCAGACGGCUGUAGUGCUCGGCGCAGUCGAAGAUACUCUGCGCUCGCAAAAUGCAGAACAAACACCCACCGCCUACUUCGCCGCCCUCCUGUCGCUGCUGGCGCAGUUUGACAUGGCCAACAAGGAAGUCGCUUAUGCCGUUGUAUACCUCCUCGACCUCGUCACCCCCCACGUACCCGCACCGCUUUUGCGCUCCAAAUUCAGUCAGAUCCUAGGCAGUCUCGCCCCCGCCCUCACACACCCCGAAGCAGAGGCUCCCUUGUUGCGCUCAAGUAUUGGAUGUCUGGAAUCAUUGCUGGUCGCACAAGAUGCUGCAGCCUGGGCUCUUCCCGCUUCGUCUCUCAGUCCCCGCCGCGCAGUCGCCGGUCUGCUUGGUCUUGCCGCAGACCACCGUCCCAAGGUCCGCAAGCGAGCUCAAGAUGCUCUGACUACCGUUCUCAAGAACCCUCCGCCCAGCCCUUCGCUCGAUCACCCCGCCUCCGACAUGGCUGCCGAGACAUCGAUGCGCUUGCUCCAGGAUGCUGCUGAGAAGUCUGCAAAAGCCAAGAAGGCAAAGAAGGGAGCAAAGGAACAAGAGAACGACCCUGCCUUGAUGCACGCCCUGCAACUCGUCAAGACCAUUGCCACUGCUGCCAAUGGAUGGCCUUCCCGCAAGAUCGACUCGCUGUGUGAGCUUUUGCUCGCCAUCUCAAAGUCCAGCCACGAAUUCCUCGUCAUGUCUGCUUUCGAGGUCUUCGAGAUCAUCUUUGCUGGUCUGGCCAACGAAGUUUCGGCUGCAAAGCUUCCCCGUCUGUUAGAGGUUAUCGGCGAACUUCAGCCAUCGCAAAACGACUCGCAACUCCUGCCUCCUUGGAUCGCCGUCAUUUCGAGAGGUUACGAUGUCGCCGCUCAACUCGACCCCGACGAGACUUUCGCAAAACUGCCUACCCUUUUCACCCAGGUCUCUGCCUUCCUCACUUCAUCUUCCCACAACAUUCGUAUCUCUGCCUCGGAGUGUCUUAUCUCUUUCCUCAACACCUGUGUCCCCGACUCUGUCCUCCUAGAGCCUUCAAUUUACGACGAGAAGGUCUUUGAGAACCUUGGAAGCCAGGUCAACGAUCUUCUCAGCAUCAAAUACCAGUCUGCCUGGAUGGAAGUCUUCUCAGUGAUUGGUGCUAUGUUCGACACCUUGAAGUGGCGCUCGCAGGGUAUCCUUAACACUGCCGUCAAGACUGUUGGUGAUCUCCGUGGAAACGACUCUUUCUCUGGAAAGAAGGAAGCCGAUGCUGUUCUCGGAAAGGCCAUUACCGCUAUGGGACCUGAUAGCGUUCUUGAAAUCUUGCCCUUGAACUUAACUAAGCCUGUUGCUGGACAACCCGGACGUGCCUGGAUGCUGCCUAUUCUUCGUGACUCAGUCAGAAACACCCGCCUUGCCCAUUUCCGUGCCGAGCUUGUCCCUCUCAGUGAGGCCAUGUUCCAGCGUGUCUUGAACCACGGAGCUGCCGAGAAGACCAUGGAGAUCAAGAUUUUCGAGACUAUCGUCCAACAAAUUUGGGCUACUCUUCCUGGAUACUGCGACCUUCCAUUGGAUGUAACCGAAGCCUUCGACCAGACCUUUGCUGAGAUGGUUGCCAACCUUCUUUACUCUCAACCCCAGCUCCGUACCGAGCUUUGCAGAGCUUUGCAAAACAUGGUAGAGUCGAAUCAGACCGUAUCCUCAAUCGAGGGCGAAGAGGAUCUUGUCAUGCAGGGUAGAGUUUCCAAAGCUGACGCACAGAAGAAUAUUCAGCAUCUUUCCGGCCUUGCUGGUAACAUUCUUGCUGUUUUGUUCAACGUCUACAGCGAAACCCUGCCUCAAUACCGUGGUGUCAUCCUUCAAGCCAUCAACGCAUACCUCAGCAUCACCCCCGAGGCAGAGCUGAUGGAGACAUUCACCCGCGUUGCUUCCAUGCUCGAGUCAUCUCUUGGUGAGAGCGGACCUCAAACACAGGCUGACAAGCAAAAGGAGACCAAGGGCCCUAACAAGAUGCCUCCCAUGUCGCACACUCUUAUGGAUCUGGUCAUCACAAUCUCUAUCUACCUUCCUCGUGACAGCUUCGCUGGACUCUUCAACAUGGCUGCCAUCAUUGUGAACAAUGACUCCGACCCGCAACUACAAAAGAAGGCCUACAAGCUUAUUCCUCGUCUUGCCGAGUCUGAGUCUGGUCGCGCAGCUAUUGUUGAGCGUAACUCUGACCUUCAACAACUCCUCCUCCAGGCUGGUCCCAAGGCCGCUGCUCCUUCUCGCCGCGACCGUCUGACCGCCAUCUCUCAAAUCAUCCCCACUCUUCCCAAGGAAGACCUCCACUUCAUCCCCUCAAUCCUGUCCGAAGUCGUCAUUAGCGCAAAGGAAGUCAAUGAAAAGGCACGUACCGCCGCUUUCGAGCUUCUUGUCCAGAUGGGUGAGAAGAUGGCUGAAGGUGGUACCGUCGUUAACGCGAAGGUUCCUCACAUGCCCGAUGACGCCGCUCCUGUAGAAGCCAGUCUGGAAGAAUACUUCACCAUGGUCUCUGCUGGUCUCGCCGGUUCCACUCCUCACAUGAUUUCCGCCUCAAUUACUGCUCUCGCUCGCCUUCUCUACGAUUUCCGCAACACCCUUUCCGAGCCCGUCAUCUUGGACCUUGUCCAAACAAUGGAUCUCUUCCUCACAUCCGCCAACCGCGAAAUCGUACGCUCAUGUCUUGGUUUCGUCAAGGUAUGCGUGCUCUCCCUCCCCACAGAUCUCAUGCGCCCCCGCCUGGCGACCCUCAUCCCCAACCUUAUGGUCUGGAGCCACGAGCACAAGGCCCACUUCAAACUCAAGGUCAAGCAUAUUUUUGAACGCAUGAUCAAGCGUUUCGGCGUCGAAAUCGUAGAAAAGCACUGUCCGGAAGAAGACAAGAAACUCAUUGCCAACAUCCGCAAAUCGCGUGACCGCGCAAAGAGAAAGAAGGAAGCCGGCAAGGACGACCCCGACGCCGAAGACGAUGACGCCAGUCGCAAAGCAGGCAAAUUCGAAUCAGAGUUUGACGAGCAAGUCUACGGUAGCGACGAAGAAGACUCUGGCUCUGACAUCUCCGACGACGAGGUUUUGGGUCGCUCAGCAGCCAAGGGCCGCAAGGCAAAGGCUCAAGGCGGCAACACCUUCAUCGUCGAAGACGAAGACGAGCCCUUGGAUCUGCUCGACCGCAAAGCCCUCGCCAACAUCUCCUCCACCAUCCCUUCGAAAUCGCGCUCUGCACCUUCCACGCGCAGACCCGCAAAGAUGGAUCUGGACGGCAAACUUGUCUUCAACGAGGCCGACUCCGACGACGAAAUCAUGGAGUUUGACGACGCGGGCAACGCAGCUAGUCUUGAAGAUGGUAUCAACGCUUAUGUCGAAGCCAUCAAAGGCAGAGAUGCCGCUAUUCGCGGUAGAGGCGGCAAACUCAAGUUCAAGAACAAGGGCAACAAGAACGCGGAUGAUGACGACGAGAUGGAAGUCGAUGCCAAGGAGUUCGCUGAUGCUCGCGCCAAACCCCAACGACGAAGUCUCGGCGGCGACAGAGGCUCUUCCUCUGGGUUCCGUGGCGGUAGAGGCGGAUCGGGCUUCCGUGGCGGCAGAGGAGAUUCUCGCGGCGGAAGAGAUUCUCGUGGUGGUAGAGGAGGUUCUUCAGGCUCAGGAUUCCGUGGCAACUCUGGCAAUCGCGGUGGCUUUGGCGAUCGCGGCGGCAGAGGCGGUUCGUCUCGUGGUGGUCGUGGGUCUUUUGGCGACCGCAGAGGUGGUGGCCAUGGCGGUGUCAACAAGGGGCGUUUUGCACCCAAGGGCCAGGGCCAGAGGGAUGAGAACCGCAACAGAGCUAGUAGAGCUUAG